AUGGACCAAAGCGACAAGAACCCUAAUCGGCGGCUCCGAGUGAUUCCCAAGUGGUCGGAGCUUUGUCCGGACUUGUUACGAAGUAUUUUCGAACAACUGAGUUUCACAAAUCUCAAUCGAGCAAAAUUAGUUUGUAGGUCAUGGAACUCUGCUUCGAGAGGCUGCGUUCCCAAACGAAAUCAGAUUCCGUGGAUGAUACUUUUCCCUCAAAAGAGCGAAAACAAUAGUAGCAAUAACUGUGUUUUAUUCGUUCCUGAUGAUAACGACAAAGUUUACAAGACUCGAGAUCUCGGUGUUGACUUUGCACAAAGUAUUUGUCUUGCGACUUACGGUAGCUGGCUCUUGAUGUUUAACCAUCUUCGGAAUCUCUACAUUCUUAAUCCAUUGACGUUAGAGAGGAUUGAUCUACCACAUUCCACCUCUAUCAAUCCAAAUAUGUGCUAUCCAAACUUCAAAUACUACCGAUCAGCUUGUCUCUGGAUAAACAACAUAACCAAAGAUUACCUAGUUGUUUGGCCCAUCUAUAACAAAUGUUUUUUUACAAAGAAAGGUGAUGACACAUGGCGAUUCGCUCCCGCUUGUCACAUUCGGAUGAAAGAUCAAAUUAUCUAUAAUCACAAAGAUCACAAGGUUUACCAGUAUGCUUCCUAUGGCUUUAUCUAUGUUUGGGAUUUCUCUAGUGAUAUCCCUCAUGUAGAUAAGCAUCUACCAGCUGUUAGCUUCAUUUCUGGCCGUGAGAUUGGUGACAAGAACAAAUACUAUAGGAUAAGUCAUCAGAUGGUGAUGUCAUUGUCUGGAGAAGUUGUGGUGGUAAAAAUAAUGCACUACUACGACCUCUCAAGAUGGCGUUUUCGCAUCUUCGAGUUAAAUCCUCUGACGCAGAGAUGGGUAAAAGUCGAUUCUUUAGGUGAUGCGGCUAUAAUCUUGGACAUGGGUAUCACUGUUGUCGCUAAAGAUAUUCCAGGGAUCAAGAAAAACUCCAUUUAUUUCAGUGGCCUCAACCACCCCUUAACGGAUCCCGAAUGUAGAUUUGUCUAUGAUCUCACAACCGGCACCAUGGAACCUUUGCCACAAUGCGUUCUCUCCUCCAUGCUCUUCUCUGAUUCUCGAUGGUUCUUACCUGGUUUCACCAGUUAA